AUGGAUACUGGAUCCAGAGAAACCAAGCUGGGGUCGGUGACUCAUUUGGUACAGUAUUUUGUCUUUCCUGGGCUCGGGGCAGCGAUGGGGGCUCAGGAGGGGGACCAGCUGCUCUACUGGGGGAACGGAGUCAUCACUCUGGUCUUCACGUUGCUGGCAGCCUUCACGUGCUGCCUGCUGCUGGAUUACCUGGGGAAGUGGAAGGUGCUAAAGCUGAUUCCGGGGGUCAGCCCCUGUUACCCUCUGCUGGGAAAUGCUCUGCUCUUCGAGCGCAAAGGGGAAGGUGAAAACAGAAAACUGUUUAAUACUCAUGUCAUGGUUAUUCUAAGCAGUUUGAAACACAUAGAAAAAUCCUAUCUAUACAAAUUUCUGCAUCCAUGGCUUGGCACAGGACUUCUGACAAGCGCUGGAGAUAAGUGGCGUUCCAGAAGGAAAAUGAUAACUCCCACGUUCCACUUCACAAUCUUAGCUGAUUUCCUAGAAGUUAUGAAUGAACAAGCCAAUAUUUUGGUUGAUAAACUUGAAAAGCACGUUGACAAAGAGCCCUUUGAUUGCUUUCUAGACAUCACGCUCUGUGCCCUGGAUAUAAUCUGUGAAACUGCGAUGGGCAAGAAUGUGGGUGCACAGAACAAUAGGGAUUCUGAAUAUGUCUGGGCUGUUUAUAAGAUGAAUGACGUCCUUCAUCAGAGACAGAGGUGUCCUUGGCUUUGGCCUGACUUUAUGUACUGUAUGUUCCAAGAAGGAAGGGAACAUAAUAGAAGUCUCAAGAUUCUUCACAGUUUUACUGACAAUGUUAUUGCAGAAAAAUCCCAUGAAAUAAAGAUACAUGAACAACAUAAAAUUGACUUUGAAGGCAAAUGUGAACAAAGUGGGUCCAAAAAGAGAAGAGCUUUUCUUGAUAUGCUUCUGAAUGCAACUGAUGACAAAGGAAAAAGACUGAGCUAUGUGGAUAUUCGAGAGGAUGUGGAUACUUUCAUGUUUGAGGGGCAUGAUACAACAGCUGCUGCUAUUAACUGGGCCAUCUACUUACUUGGAUGUCAUCCUGAAGCCCAGAAGAAAGUUCACAGAGAAUUGGAUAAAGUGUUUGGGAACUCUGAGCGGCCUGUCACAAUGGAUGACUUGAAGAAGCUCCAAUAUCUUGAGUGUGUUGUUAAAGAAGCCCUUCGGCUCUUCCCUUCUGUUCCAUCCUUUGCCCGGACCACAAGUGAAGAUUGUCAUAUUAAAGGAUUUAAGAUACCAAAAGGUACACAGGUAGUCAUUGUUACUUACGCACUGCACAGAGAUCCAGAGGUUUUCCCAGACCCUGAGGAAUUCAGGCCUGAGCGAUUCUUUCCUGAGAAUUCUAGUGGAAGGCAUCCAUAUGCAUAUGUGCCCUUCUCUGCUGGAUCCAGAAACUGCAUUGGCCAGCGCUUUGCACAGAUGGAAGAGAAAGCUGUUCUAGCCAUCAUCCUACGGCACUUUUGGGUGGAGACAAGUCAAAAGAGAGAAGAACUUGGUUUGCUCUCAGAACUAAUUCUUUGCCCAAAUAAGGGCAUCUGGAUCCAGCUGAAGAGGAGAAGAGAGAGUGUAUCAUAA